AAAAAUUCUAACGAGUGUCAGCUUUAGAACAAAAUGAGACAAAAAAGAUUGAUAAAUAUCUAAUUUUAUUGCUAAAUACCUGUUGAUAUACGCGAUCAUCGAUGUUCAGCAUUUGCAAGCAUUUGAAUUAGUCUACCAGAAAUAAAGGGAACCGACUGGUGAAUAUGGUUGGCUUCUCCAUAGGCCAUCAUACUAUUAAACAAUCGGCAUCAUCAGUUCAGAUUGUUGGGUUUUAAAGGCUCUGUAGAUUGAAGAGAGUAAUUAUAAGCCCAAUGGUUCCCCUCUUGGAAACUACACAGAAAAAGAAGCUGCAUUGAGACCAACUUGAGAAAAUUGGUUUAAAAUAACCAGCAGAGUAACCUGUCUUAUUGAGAGGACUUCAAUAGAUGUGUAUAUUGACUCUCUAGCUGGCAGAGUGCUGGUCUGUACUAACCCGCCUUUGACUUGUUUUCUUCUGGAGACAUAGUUGCAUGUGACAGAAAUGAAUUUUCAUUCUAAGCAUAUAUACAAUCUCAACAAAUUGAUAUAGUUGCUGUAUAUCUUGGUUUGGAGUAUAACUUCACUUCCUUCCCAUAUGCAGUAUUGUCGGACUGUUGCAAGGCUUCAACUGCUGUCUGCUGCAAAAAUAUCUUGGGAGUGACUGAUGAAAGGCACUAUAUAGAAUGGAACUCUUCAACAAAGAGGAAUUGUAAGUACAGGGGCUUUUAAUCAUCAGUUGCUGAACACUCAUUUGGCUGUGGACAUUGGACAUUUUAAUUGACUAAAAGAAGACUAUAACUCUGAACAAUGGAUAGUUCAAAUGUUGGCUUCAAGACUAAGGAGAUGGAGUGUAUAAAAUGUGCAGUGACUUUAAACAGUGUUUCUGAAUACAGUGAUCAUUAUAGAAAAUUCCAUGCAGGGUUAGAUCCUCAUAGUUGUAGUAUGUGUGAUAUCCAUCUGCCAACUGUUAGUGAGUUUCAAAAACAUAUGCAGCAACAUUAUAAUAAGACACCCGUCUCCACUGCAGACCUGGAUAUCCAGGCACCUAGCACAGGGGAUAUCCAGGCUCAGCAAAAUGAGCAAGGUUCCAAUUUUAGUGUAAGCACUCCUAUCCAUAGUAAAAGAUCAGCAUUUCUCCAAGCUUCAAAGCGUGUUAAAGAUAUAUCUAUGGAGUAUAAUCAAUCAGGCCAGUCAGAAGAUUCUAGCCCAGAUGAUCAAAGUGAAUAUGAAGAAUCUGACAAUUCUGGUUCCAGUAGAGGGAAUCGUCAACUAAAACACAUUCUUAAUCGCCCAAUUAAAAUGACGAUCUCAAAGGAAUCACCAAUAUCAUCAUUCCUCUGCAAUAAAUGUCAGUCAGCUCAACCAAGUGUGGAGAUGGCAAAGUUAUGUUGUGCUGUGGGCCCAUUUAAAUGCUUUGUUUGUCUCCUACCAAUGGAAAGCAAAACAACAUGCAUGAACCACCUGAGGGAUCGACAUCAAAUAAAAACUGUCUUUCAAUGUUACAAUGAUGUUGUUUUAAAUAAACAACCAAACAAUGAUAAACAGAAAAUUCAGUUUGAGAAAAAAGAAAAAGAUAAGUCCAGUGUUGAACCAGCAUUCGGGCAAAUGAAUUUGCACAAAGAUGCUUGGUCUGAAAAAAUUAACAAUGUGGGAAAUAUUGUAAUACAAUGUCGAAUCUGUAAUGUAACCGUACCAACUAUGGAUGCAUUCACUAAGCAUUUCGAUGAUCAUACUGUCACAAUGAAUGGUCUGACUGGGUUUCAAUGUAAGAUUUGUUUCGAAAUUAUAUAUCGUCUUUCUAAUUUUCUAAAACACAAUCGUGAACAUUUUAGCCAGAGUCAGUAUCCCGAGAAAAUCGAAAAAAUCUCCAAUGAACCAGAUGAGGAUAAUCCUGUUGAAAUUACUGAUACUGAUGUCACAGUAAAAUCUGAACCUAUUGAGGAGAUACCUCAGCCAGACUCUGCCUAUAGAACACCAUGUUUUAAAUGCGAACAAUGUCAAACAUUGCAGCCUAGCUAUGAAAUGGCUAUGUUGUGUUGUCAUACUGGGAAUGAAUUCCCAUGCUACCAUUGUGAAAAGGUAAUAAUCAAUAGAGCUGGGUUGAUCAGUCACUAUGCACACAAGCAUAAUGUCAAAACAUCAUUCCUACAAUCAAAGCGAGUUGGGAUAAAUAAAAUCGAACUAAAUAGAGACAGACCAGAAAAUGACAAAAACUGGCUGUUUUUUCAGGAUAAAUGCCAUAAAAUUGAUGCAAUAAACAAAGGAAGACCAUCAGUGCAUUUUAAAUGUAAAUUAUGUAAUCACAAAGCAUUCUCUCCCCAUACCUUCAAAAUGCAUUAUCGCAAUACCCAUCGGCCAGAUCAAAAUCAGCAUAGCAUAAAGCUGAAAACUGAAAAAGAUGCUCCUAAAUCAACUGGAUAUUAUACAUUUGAAGAAUUUUGCCAAGACACUAGUAAAUGCACAAUGAUUCCAACCACAAGUAAAUGUGGAAAAGCUAAAGUACACUAUCAUUGUAAAUUGUGCAAUAUAACGCGGAAUUAUACAUGCUUAUUUAAGAAGCAUUUUGUUACUAAUCAUAGGAGCAUGGUCUCUACUAAAACUCAUGCUAACUCUCAGACUAGUCCCUCUUAUAAGCCCUCUAAAUCUAGAACUAAAAGAAUCAAUUCCAGGCUUAGAGUGGAAAACAUGUAUAACAAAGUUCUCAAGACAACAAAAGUUAAAAACAGAACUCAAGAGUACUAUGAAUGUAGAAUUUGUUUGAAACAAAUACGCAAAUCUGGUGAUCUUAAAAGACAUCUUCGGAAACAUAAAGAGGGAAAGCCUAUAAUAAAGAAGGAAAAACUCAAAACAAUCCAAUCAGCACCUAUAAAAAUAGAUAGUGUACAUGAUAAAUAUCCAGAAGACAAAUAUACUGUUGAUGGUUUAGAAAGUGAAUCAUACAUUAAACAUGAUGAUAUUCCAAAUGAUAUGCCUAGCUUCAGUUGCGAUAAAUGUGAAAGAAAGCACCCUUCUCAUGAGAAAGCUGUUCUGUGUUGUGAAACGGGGUGUCUGACAUGUCCUGUUUGUCAAGAGAUGUACACGGGGAAAGUUGCGAUGAAUCGGCAUCUUGUUAAUGCCCAUAACAUUCUCACAAGAUGGCCAGAUAAAAAACAUUCAAACGAAGAAGAUCUAGGUACUUACUCCCUUGUAAUGCACAAAAGUAAACCAGCUUUUCAAUGUAAAUUGUGCCAAAGAACAUGUUUCAGUCUUAAAACAUUCAAUUUGCAUCAUAAAUGGGUACAUGGAAAAGGUAAAACAUCUGAACCACUUUCGGUGAGGACUAGUCCAACUUUUGAUGAUACCAAACAGGAAAAAUUGGAUAACACACAGGAGGGACGCAAUACAACAGAAAGUCAAAGUAAAGUUAUAGUAGAGAAUGAGCCAGAAGAGGAGGAAAGUACUGAAAUACUUGACCAAGAUGAUACUGAAAUGGAAGCAGAAAUGGAGGAAAAAAGUGACAAAGACUGGAUGCCUAGUGAUGGAGAACAUGUUGAAUCUAAAAGUGAAGGUGGCAAUGAUAGGAAUUAUAGAUAUACUAUAAAAGUAAGAAACUCAGCAAAGAGUGCGAAAGACAAAAUAUUCAACGAUUCAACCAGGGGAAGAAAGAGGAAGUGGAUUGAUAAGACAUCUUGUCAGAAAUGUGAUCUAACUUUUGAGUUGCAGAGUGACCUAAAGACUCACAUUAACUUACACAAUAGUUAUAAGCUAUGCGUUUACUGUAACUGUAUCAGAAAAAAUAUUUAUCAUCAUGUCAGUAAGGCACACAGCAAUAAACUGAGUGAAUGGAAGAACCUGUACCAGAAAAACAGUGAUAAGGAGGCAGUUGUAGUUCCACCAGAUGUGAGUCAGAUUGUGUGCAGUAUUUGUGCUAAAGCAUUCACCGAUCCAUACAAAUUCAGCCAUCAUGUACACAUGCACAAAGAUUUAACUCAAUGUGUACACUGUAAGAAAAUGGUGAGGCCAAAUAAGAUAAGCUACCAUGCUAGAAAGCUUUGCAAAAAGUAUCAAUAUCAGAAUUACGGAUACAAAUUGUCAAACAACUCGAAACAAAACAUGACUUUACAACAUAGAAGUACUACUAAAAUUACAGUCCAGGCCCAUUGCAAGAAAUGCGGGACUUACUUUUUAAAUAUGGCUGAACUUGAGCAUCACUAUAAGAACAACACGCUGUGCUUCCAAAAAACAGGUGCUCCCCAAGUGGGUAAACAGUUCUCUAAUGUCACUCAAGAUGCAAAGGUUCAUCGUAAAAAGGCCAAAAAAAUUAAGCAAGAUCAUAGGGUCCAAUGUAAGAUUUGCUUCAAAGUGUUCGACAACAGAUCCGGCCUUUCAGCGCAUUCUACAUCCCACUUUGAGAAAAGGAAAUGUGAUUUCUGUCCAAGGAUGCUUCAAGCAGGAAUGGAAAGACACAUUACAAGGUUCCACAAAUCCAAACUCCCCGAGUGGAGAAUGCGACAUUUCCCUAAAUUAUGGAAAGGGAAAUAUAUCAAAAUUAAAUUUACUUAUAAAGAUGGUAGGAUUGGAUAUAGAUGGCGCCUAAAGACCACUCAAGUACCAAACGGAGAACCUCCAGAAGCUAUUGAUGAUAUAUCAGGUCUUAAUAAUGUAGAAACAUCAAAUCUUGUACCUCUUCAAUCUCAAUUUGACACCAGACUUCAGUGUGAUAUCCAAGAAGAAAGACCAGCUGUCCAUGAAACCCUCAUUGAGCCUUACUCUCAUAUCAGCCAGAUAUCCAGUAUACAGAGUUCAGCUGAAGAUCAACAAUCAGAGGAAAAUGACGAAUACUCAGAUGUUGCGCCAAAGGACAAAAAUGAUGAAAUGUUUGAGGAGAUAAAAAUAGAAUUGAAUAAAGAAUUUGAAGAGGAAGAUGAUGAGUUUCAACCAAUGAUUAUCAGUGUCACUUCUGUUAAGGAUCACAAUGAGCAGGUCAGCAAUGAAGGUGAUAUAGAAGGUAUAUCUACAGAACAAUGUAAUUCUCCCAGCAUUGAUUAUCUCCCAAGUAACUCUGAAAUGACCAAUAAGGAUAGUACCACCAUUGAACAGAUAUUCAUCAAUCAAGAUGAUACAAACAAACCCUUGAACGCUGAAGCAAGUAAAGCAAUAAGUACUAGUUUAACUAAUGGUGAAUUAAACCAUGAUCCAAACAACACACCAAGAGAACAAUUCAAGACAAUAGCUCAGAUACUUGAAAAUGUCAAUGAUGAUUCUACCUUGAAGAGUAUGACUGAAACAGACGAUAGUAGAUCAACUGAUGGCAAGAAAGUAAAGAAUGGAGAUAACAUAACUAAUUACAAUAAAUCAGUUGUUAUCAACAACAUAACAGGACAAGAGUUCAACACACAUACUAAUUUGAUAUCAAAUACAGAUACAGAAAUUGAUAGAAAUAAAGUAAUUAAUCUCAAUGAUUCUGAGGUUAUGAAUAAUAUUUACUUUGAAAAGUCAGAGAGGCUUGCAAAACCUCUCACUGGGAAUGGAACGAUAAGUCAUUGUAAAGUUAUUGCUGAAAAUAAACAAGGAAAUGAACAUUCGAGGGCGACGCUUGAAGUGUCAAGCGACUCGAUACUUGCUCAACACAAUGGGGCCUUGUAUGAGUGCAAAUUAUGCAAGAUCAUCUUUUUGAAUGAAACCGUUCACUGGCAACAUAUGUCAACCCAUGCUAUGAGUGGUCAACCAUUUGCAUGUAACCAUUGUAAGAAUACAUUUACAAAUGCAAUUGAUUUCCAUGCACACUUCAUAUCAAAGUACCAAAAACAUUUGUAAAUGUAUUCAUUUAUUUCUAAGCGAGACUUAAGCUUUGAUGGAUUAUAGAAUAUCGCUUUGGUAGACCCAAACAAAUUCAAAAUGAAUCUACAGACUACAGUCUUCUCCACAGGAGUUUUUCUCAAGUGGGUGCAAAAUUCUCAUUUUGAAAAAAAUUGGUCAAAAAUAUUCCUUUUAUUCAUGAUUUUUCUCAUUUUAAAGUGGGUGCCAAUGGAUAUUCACAUGGGUGCAAGCCUGUUUUUAAUACCUCUGGUCGGUGCUACGCCCACUUGCUUUAAUGUUGGGGAGAUCACUGAAUUUCAUUUAUAACCCUACUAUCACACCAAACUAGUUCUCACUACGUUCUCAAAAACGGGCUUCAACUGUGUACGAACGGACUGGACCUACUAAGAACCGUUUGGGAUCUAUU